AUGGCAGCUCCAUCACACAGCCCUGUCCCGGAUCUCACGUCUGUACUGAGGACGCUAUCAGCAUAUACACCAGGUGUUCACGACCAAUCUCGAAUUCAUAACCCUCCAGUUGAGAGCUCGAAUAAUAAUUCGUAUACUAGACCAACUUCAACCUUUAGACAUGCCCCCCUGGAACAGCAUACAUUGGAGCUAAAUCAACCACCCAACAUACCUGACCCGUCCACUAUAACCACCUGGCCCGCGGCAUUGAAAUAUGUCAUGAAAACCGUGGCACAGAAUGAAGCCACCCAGUCCAAGAUCAAGAGACUGAUCCGCACGCAACACGACCAUGAGAGACAGUGGUGGGAGGGCAGACAGGCAUUGCUAUCAAAGCAGGCAGGCCGGGAAGCAAAGAAGAGACAGAUUGAUGAGGUCUUACGUUCGGUUGGUGGAUUUGUUGCGAAAGACUCGGAUGGUCCCACCCCUCAAGAUGACAAAAUCGAACUUUGCACAUACGAUAAAAAGGUGUACAAGGCCCUGACAACAAUGUCGAAGUCUCUAAACGCUGAACUUCGCGCCUUGGGUAUACCCUUUUUUACUAUCCGGGACGAAUUAGUUGAUUCGUCAUGUGAUCCGGUUUCGGAGUCUCAUUCAAGUGAUCUUCUCAAACCGGGUGAGCUGAAGGCUCUGCGGCUGCAAAUGCUGCAACUCUUGGAAGAUCUUUGCAAAGAUUGA